ACAUAGUAACUGUGUUAAUGCUCAGUGCGGGAAGUACAUGUUUUAAAGCAGUAGAACCAUACACCUGACACCCUUAAACCUUCAAAACAAGUCCCUACUUUGGAUCUUGUUUUGGCAGAAAUGAGUCUGAAGUACUCACUCCCUGGUUUAUGGGUUGAGCGUUUAAGGGUGUCUCGAAAUCUAAACAGAUGAUGGAGAUGGACCCUUUAAACUGCAAAAAUAAUAAUAUUGAUAUAGGUCCCUUACACCCUUAAACCUCAGUGCAGAAAUGUGUCUCUAAAUCUAAACAGAUGAUGGAGAUGGACCCUUUAAACCGCAAAAAUAAUAAUAUUGAUAUAGGUCCUUUAAACCACCAUUUUUCUUUUCUUAAGAUAAGCCCUUUAAACCGGAAAGGAGGGAGUAUCUACCUUCUUUUCUAUAGAAAAGGCCGCUCAGUCUAGCACUCUAGCUUAUUUAUUUACCUUCUAAGUUAGUGAGCUCUGAUCAUCAAUGUAAGCCCUUUGGCGUUGAUAAUGCCUUAUCUUGCAAUCAUAGUUCUAAACAAUCUGAUCAUUUGCUUUAACCCUUUGUACCAUAGAAUAGAAACCCUUGUGCUGCAUUCUAAGUUUAAAAAUCAAAAGCAUCAAACUUUUGUCUAAUUUGUUAACAGAAAGAUAGUUAUAUGUUAUUUGGCCUGCGUAGCUUUAAAGCUCGAGGUAAUAUCACUAGCAGUCACAAAACUUGCGUUGGAUGUGCAUUUUAGUGCUAAAACUUGCAAAAUACAUCGUUGUAGUCGCAUAACUUGCGUUUACGUGCACAUACGGUCACAAAUCCCGUCUGCCUUCAUACGACGUGCUGGCGUGGCAUACCUGGCCCGCUGGCAGCCUCUGAUUCCGUCCAGCGCGGCGCGCGCGCGUCUUCUUUGCAGAAAACCCCUUAGCCCGUUUCGUAAUUAGCUGAAAAACCCCUCCAACGGGGGAACAGGCAGGCCUGCUAUUUUUGCCCAAAGGGUCCCCAAAAAUGCUACCCGUUCAUUCCCACUCCUCCUUACCGCUUCGUCUCCCUCCUCUGUGUCGCUCCUCUGUCUCCGUCGAUUUUUCCAACACGGUGGCGGCACGGCGGCUGUCGUCGUAGGACAUGGAUGACCCGCGUCGUCGGGUGCGAGGCGAUCCAGCGCCGCCGUAUGGAGAUUUUGAUGGUCUGUUCAGUGUUGAGAUCCACCAUAGUGGUUUCUUUUGUGGCAGUGACAUAAACAGAACAUACAUGGACUAUGAGGUUGAUUGGUUUGACAAUUGUCAGACUGACACUUGGUCCUUACUCUGGAUUGAUGACUUUCUUCUGCAGCUGGGCUAUGAUAGACAAGCUUCAAAGAUUGAUGUUUACUGGUGUGAACCAAGAAAGACAGUUAGUGAUGGCCUGAAGCUCUUGACCUGUGAUGCCGACAUUGUUCUUAUGAUUUGUGCAACAUUAGAGCACAAGAACCUGCUGCUGAUAGUAGACCAUGGUGAUACCCUGCAGUCAUUAAACAAAGAUGAUGUUCUGACAAAUGGAGUGAAGGAUCCACCUAAGGUUAUUACUCCAAAGAGGCAUGGAAAAGAAAAUGUCAGUUAUCCAGAGAAAGAGCAGAGUCCUAGAGAGAAAAUGUCAAGGACAACAAGGAGAUCUAUGUCAUUUGGAGAAGGAUGUAGCUCAAGGAAUGCUAUGGAGGAGGAGAAUAUUGAGGAUGUUAACAAUAGUGAAGAAGAGGGAAAUGAUGAGGAUGCAGGGUCAGAAACAGAUGAGGAGUUCUAUGAGAGUGACUAUGAAGUUGCAGAAGGUGAUGAUGAUUUGUUUGACGCAAAUGUAGACAAAGAUGUUGAUGAUCACAGAGAGAAGAACAUAUUGCCAGACUUUGAAGAAGAACUUCCAGAAGAUGCUUUGGAGGACAGCCACUUAAAUAUGUCGAAAGAAGAGAAAGAGAAGCUAAAGCACAAAUUCAGUACUUUCAACCCAACAACUGAUCUGAAUGCACCUGUGUUUAAGAUUGGGUUGGUGUUUGCAGAUAUGAAGGAAUUGAGGCAUGCUCUCACUGCAUACAGUGUAAGGAAUAGGGUGAAAGUGAACAAGCUCCGAAAUACUUCAGUAUCACUAGAGGCUGUAUGCAAGCCUGGUUGCACUUGGUACUUGAAGGCAGGUAAAGAUAACAGGUCAAGUAGCAUACAGAUCAAGAAGUAUGUUGACAAUCACACUUGCACAAAAGCAUGGGACCUGAGAGUUCUGACUGCUCCUUUUCUUACUAACAAGUUCAGAGAAGAAUUCAGAGACAAUGAAAAAAUGCCUCUGAAGAAAUUUUCAGAUAAGGUGGAGACAGAAUAUAAUUUGGUUCCACACAGGAGUAAGUUGGGAAGAGCUAGGAGAGCAGCAGUGAAUCAAAUAAGGGGAGUAGAUGAUGACCAAUAUAAUACUUUGUGGGACUAUGGUCAGGAGCUUAGAAGGAGCAAUCCAAGAAGCCAGUUCUUCUUGUGCACUAAGGAAGUAUUUGAUGAGAAGACAAAGAAGGUACAAGACCACUUUUCCACAUUGUACUGGUCAUAUGAUGCAUGCAAGAGGGGAUUCCUUAAGGGAUGUAGACCAAUCAUUUUCCUGGAUGGUUGUCACAUUAAAACGAGAUACAAGGGAACAUUACUAACAGUCGUUGGAAUCGAUCCCAAUGAUUGUAUCUUUCCAGUAGCAUUUGGGUUAUGUGAAGUGGAGUCAACCCAUAGCUGGGAGUGGUUCUUAGCAUCCUUAAAGGAUGACCUGAACAUAACGAACACCUCACCAUACACCAUUAUGAGUGACAAGCAGAAGGUUAGUACUAGAUCAUUCAAUUUCUUCAUUGCAACAACAUAAGUGUGUGCUGUUUUGCAGAGAUUAAUGUGUUCUGGUUUGCAAGGAUUAAUAAAUGCAGUGAAAAAGGUUUUCCCUCAUUCAGAACAUAGAAACUGUGUUAGGCACAUUUAUCAAAAUUUCCAUAAAGUACACAAGGGAGAGCAGCUCAAGAAUGAUCUAUGGUCUAUAGCAAGGUCCACUAAUGAAGCUGCAUACACCAGGAACAUGGAUCUAAUGAAAGAACACAGCUUGGGUGCCUACACCUGGGUUGAGAAAUUGGAGCCAAGAACAUGGAUCAAAGCAUUCUUUGACCCGUUUUGCAAGUGUGACAUAUUACUAAACAAUAUGUCAGAAGUGUUCAAUAGUUACAUUUUGGAUGCGAGGGAAAUGCCAAUUAAGUCAAUGUUGGACCAGAUAAUGUGGAAGCUAACAAACAGGAUUGUUGGUAAGCAGAGAGAGGCAGAGAAAUGGACAGGCAGAUUAUGUCCCAAGAUACAGAAGAAAUUGGACAAGUAUGUGGAGUGGGCAAAGAACUGCAGGGUGCAAGAGUAUGGGCAAGGUGUUUUCAAGGUUUUCUCUUUGAACAACACAUACAUUGUUGACCUGAACAUGCUUUCUUGUGAAUGCAAAAGGUGGGUACUAUCUGGCAUACCUUGCCAUCAUGCAAUUGCAUGUUUUAGGCAUGAGAGAAUUGAGCCAGAGAGCAUGGUCCAUUCAUGCUACACUGUUGAGGAAUAUAAGAAGUGUUAUGGAUUUAAUAUGAUGCCAAUGAGGGACCCACAGCAAUGGGAAAAAAUGCAUGGCAUUGCUGUUCAGCCACCCCUGUACACAAAAGUAAUGGGCAGGCCUAAGAAGAACAGGAAAAAAGAUCCAGAAGAGAAGAAAGACAAGACUGGGGGUGAAAAAAUUGAGCAAACAUGGUGUGACCAUGCAUUGUUCUGUUUGUGGAGCUGCUGACCAUAACAAGAAGGGCCACCACAAUCAUGUUAAUCAAACAACAACUGAGGAAACAACAAUUGAAGAAGAAUAUGACGACCCAAGCAUAAUUGCUAACAUCAUGCCACACAGAGUCUACCCUCAGCUCGAUCCAACACAAACCCCUGACUCAAUGGUUUACAAGAUGCAAGAAAUGGAGAAGUUUACAUAUCCAGCACCUAGGGAAUUUGCCCCCCUACCUGAGUCUAGCUUCAUUGCCAAUGCCAGAGACUCAAUUCCUAUGGUUAGAGUUACAACAGCCAUGUCAAGAGGCAGGGUGAGAAAGACUGCUAAUGAGAAAGUUGCAAGGCCAAGAAAAAAGCAGGCAAGGGAAGGCAAUAUUGCAAUGGGAAGCAAUGUUGCAACAACUGGAAGCAAUGCUCCAACAAGUGGGGCCAAUGCAAGAGAAGGUGGCAAUGCAAGAGGAGGGGCCAAUGCAAGAGGAGGGGCCAAUGCAAGAGGAGGGGCCAAUGCAAGAGGAGGUGGCAAUCCAAGAGGAGCAAGAGCUGCUGCUCCAGAUUUCUUCAACUUGCUAUUUGGACCCGAUGGAUCCACAAUACAUGAACCGCCACUUGUCAUGCAGGGUGAGGAGGAGGUCAUUUUUAGCCAAAAUGCACCAGGAGCUAGCCAGGAUCCUUAUCUCUAUGAUGAAGGUUGGCCUGAUGAUCUGCAUGACUUUUUGUCUUUAUAGUUUACAUUACAUGCAUCUUUAGGUGAAAGUCUGAUGAAGUUCAUGAAUGAACUUGUUGGUUUGGUGAUGGAGUUCAUGAAUGAACUUGUGGUCUCUAGUUCAGUACUUAUUUAGAAGACGACGUGAUAACAGUUAUGUCACUUUUGGUUUGGUUCGUACGACUAAGAAACUACUUAUGUUAGUGCCAAAUAUGUCAUUUCAAUUAUGGUCUGUUCCUGUUCACUUAAGGUCAAUUUGUCCGUGCUAGAUCCUUGUUGCAAGUCUGCUAUAUUACAAAUCUUGGCCAAAAGCUUAAUAAAACAGCAGAAAUGUUGUCCAACUUGGUCAAAAGAGUUGCUGCGAUUUUUUGCCAAAACGGAUUUAUAAAACAGCAGAUAUCCUGUCCAAUUUGGUCAAAAUAGUUGCUGAGAUUUUUGUCAAAAAUGAUUUAUAAAACAGCAGAAAUUUGGUCAAAAUAAUCAAUUGACUGAACGGGCUAAGGGGUUUUCUGCAAAGAAGACGCGCGCGCGCCGCGCCGGACGGAAUCAGAGGCUGCCAGCGGGCCAGGUAUGCCACGCCAGCAUGUCGUAUGAAGGCAGACGAGAUUUGUGACCGUAUGUGCACGUAAACGCAAGUUAUGCGACCACAACGAUGUAUUUUGCAAGUUCUAGCAAUAAAAUGCACAUCUGACGCAAGUUUUAUGACUGCUAGUGAUAUUACCUCUUAAAGCUCUAAUGCAGAUUCUCAGUGCACUUAGUGUUGUGUGGUCUGAAACUCAUAGGCUGCCGUCUCUGGGCCAUCUCGUUGAAGUACAGCAUAUUAAGAAAUAAGAAUAACCCAAAAGAUAAUUAAAUUUAAACUGCAGAAAGGUCUUACAUUAAGUUACAAAAGGAGUACUAAAUUAUGAGAACUAGAACACGACGGGCUCAUACCUAUGCAAAACACCCAUUAGAAAUUGCCCGCUGUGUUUUGUUAAAUCCGGUACAUUUCUUUUCUUGAAUAUAUGGUUCACUAUUGUGAGUUGUGACACUGGUCUCGUGUACCUAACUGAGUCCAAGAGCUUCAAGAAAAUCAGCCAACAUAUUGAAAUAUGUGGCAUGUUCAUAGCAUCUACAGUGGACGGCCCGGACAUGACACAGACAUGAGAAAGAAGAAAAAUGUAAUCCAACCGGAUCGGACCCCACAAAUCGACUCAUGUAUCCAGGCUGUCACCGAAUCCUCAAACUUGACCCAUAUGCGGGGAGGAUAUGAGGGUGUCUAGGUGUGUCUUGGCAGUCCAUCAAUCAUAUGGAUUAAACCGACUCCAUCCCCACCAAUCAUGUAGAUUAGACCAAACAAUUUCGGAAAUAUAUUGCACGCACGGAUAAAAUGAGGGUUCAAAACGAACACGCCCGACUAUCCGAACGCGUCCGUGGACGUAUGAUAGGGCCAGAUUUGCACAUUGUGGUUGUAUACGCUCUCAUCGUUUAUGCUCAAAAAAGCAAGUUAGCUGUUUACACUAUUGACCUGGUGAGUGGUGGCAUGUAUUGUCACAAACUCACAAUCCGGGCGGUGUACAGGCCAGCAAAUAGCGUUGCUGUCAGCUCCAUUGCCAUCGCGGGACUAGUUUGGCUUUUAACAGCCUGUCUAUAUAAAAAAUAUACGCAUAUAAAAUCUGAAAUUUUGGAAACAACCAAAGUUUCUUGUCGUGACACAGCCGGAGCCCGGAGCAUACAGCCCCCGGACGUGGU